UUCAGCUGAAUAUCGUCCUGUUCCCCAAAUUGUGUUUGACCCGUUUUCUCUGGAGUUGACCAUUGUUAAGCUGAAUGUAAUUUGUGAGUGAAAAGUUGUAACUGUGGGAGGGUUUGCCAACGAACGAACAUCAAGAUCGGGGAGAAACAACACUGGUGUUGGCGCCGCCUUGGCUCUGCAAUUCUAGGCGAACAUAUAGCAGCGCGAACAUAUUCUCGGCAGUGUUAAGUAAUAGGUAGUACAUUGCAGCUGUUGGCAAGACAGAUGGAAUCAGUAGGGAAUUUGAACCGGAAGCGCAAAAUGUCCAGCAAUGGAAAUAAGUCUGAGGUAAUGUAUGGUAGAAUUAUUUAUUAGUUGAGAGUGAUUAAUAAAAUCAUUUUGAAUAUGUCAUAGAAGGCUGGUGUUGCACCUCCAUUGAAGAAGCUGUCUCCGGAGUUAUUCAAGGUAAUCCGAACAAAUAUACACAUUCUUAAAUGACAAAUUAAAGCAACAAAGGGGCUUAUGUAUUGGAAUGACUUAGAAUGAUUCGUUAAGCGUUGGUGGGGGUGUGAAAAGGAAAUAGGAGGUCUUGCUACGCCAUGAGAAGGCUAGAGGCAGGCCAGCGAAUACAAGUUGUCGGAUAGAGUCAUUUGGAAAAAUAUGCCAUACUUUCGAUGACCAAUGUAAGCGGUGGGUUGGGGAAAUGGGGUUUGGUGGUCUUUUGAAAAUUGGAUCCUAUUUGAAUCUCCCUAAGCAGUUGUCCUAUUGGCUUAUGACUCGCAUCGAUCCUUUCAAUUGUACGCUUACCUGCCGAGACGGUAGAGUAUUUAGGCUUUCACAAAAUCAGGUGCACUGGGUACUUGGAAUUCCAAACGGUGGAAUUCCUGUUCCCACUUACAAAACUUUGGGGAGUGAUAUGUUGAAGGAGCUAAAAGGGGUAAUGGCUAGUUAUGGUAAAUCAUGGAAUACGAAGUCCAUUAAAACUGGUAGAGAGUACGUAUUUGAGGGUAUUCCAGUUAAUUGUGAACUCAUUGCUCGGAUGGAGGGAAAAUGGGAAGAACAUCAGGAGGAUGAGUUCAAAACUUUGUUUUUAUUGUUGUCGCUACAGAUGUUGUUAUGUCCUACUCAGUCAUCCAGACUGGCUGCGGAUGUAAUUCCGGCAUUAACUUGUGCUAGGAAAGCUGCUGAAUAUGAUUGGUGUAGCCUUGUUCUCAAGAAUCUCAGGGAUAGUGUUGCAAUGUUUGCGAGGCGGUUUUAUUCAACCGGAUUUGCUAGUGGGUGUGGUGGUUGUCUUAUAUUUUUGGUGGUUAUAUAUUUAGAUCGACUAGAUAGACAUCUUGUGCAAUGGGGCUAUUACCCGAGGUUGGAGGUUUGGAACAUGGAUGAGAUACGUAUGGCUGUUAGAGAAGAUCGUAUCCAGGGGGGAGACUUUGGUCAACUUGGGAUGUUGGAUGUGGCUUAUGAUGAAACACAUCCUACCGAAGCACGAGACACAAAUGGGCCACAUGGGUCACAAUAGGUUCAUAGAACUGGGAGUGUGACUGUUUGCUAUAGGGGUAAGGAAGCACGAAGAAAGACCACUAGAGAUAGGGAAAAGGUAUGAAGAAACCAACUGUUGAUAAAUCAAAGGAGUUAAGUUGUCAAGGUCUCGGUAUCAUGUGGAAGAAGUUCAAUUUUCAAUGCAUAGACAAUACUUGUUGGAUGAACAAUGCAGAUGUAACAUCUUUUAGACUUGGAUGUUGAAUAGGUGGAUAUCGGCUAAAGUUCUUUACAAACUACAAUCAAUAACGUUUGGGGUGUUGACGAUGAUGCAUGGAUUUGUUUUACCGUGUGCUGGAGAUCCAUCUAUUUGUACUUCACUGGUGGGUGAUGUGGUAUUCUUUGCUGGUGGCAUUAGUGCAGAAUCUAUGGCAAGAGCUUCCAUUAAUCGGUUGUUACGUAGUCAAUGUUGUUCUUACUUGGCCAUAAUAUCUGAGGUUCAAGCAGAUUCAGUCUUGGACUCUCCUUUACUGUCAUCCGUUUGUGUUGUGGCAAAAUCUGGACAUGUAUCAGAAGUGUCUUUCAUUCACGGUGAUUCAAGCUCGCCAAACUUAAAGGUCAUUAAGCGGGUCUUCAAUGAGGAUGUAGUGUACCAUGAAAUUGAGGUAUUGUUUGGAAAAGGGCUAUCGUUUCCUUACAACACGAGGAAUGUGUUUAUUAAUAAGGAUCUUAAGUGCAUCAAAUGCGCUGGAGACAGAGACAACAAAGUUUUACCAAUUUGAUGUUGGUGCAUUACAAAUAGAAUUUGUAGGUUAUUAUGUGUUUUUAGAAUUAGAGUGUUCAAUACUAUUGCGGGCUAUGUAAUAACGACCUCGUAAAUGGGCUUCAUGUGGGGCUUCGUGUUAUUGUGUUUUCAUAUGGCCUCAAUAUCCCAAAUGGACUUCAUAACACGUAUUUGGUUUGGAAGAAAAAGGGACAACUUUAUUGGGUCCCCCAAAAUGAUUGGAUUAAUGUCUUUGUAAUGGGCUUUUAAAGUCAUGGACUUUAAUUUGCAUAGCCCAACAAUAACA